AUGGGCGAGGUGGCUAUCCCUGGCCGAUAUCAACAAUACUUUCGGCCCGAUAAGCGCUCCACCCGCAAAGCAGAGGGAUCGGUGCUUUCGAUGGAUCGAUCUAGGUCGCCCAAGAAGGUGUCUGCCGCCAAGUGGAGUCAACACGAUAGCAACCUGGAGGGCUUUGUCUUGGAUGGUGAAUCGAGCUUGGACAUCGAUGGACAAGAUGUUACUGGUGAAGUAGAGCCGAGACCGUCGUCUGUCUCAAGUAGGACCUCACGGCGCGGGUUCGAUAAUGUGGGCUGGAGAGCGUUGGAGGAGACCUUUGCGCGAGAUGUCCUGCCGCACCCUUACUUUCACCAAGACUAUCUUGACAUUACUGAGAUCAAGCUGCUGCCGGACAGGAAGACCUUCCAGCUGUGGUACCGUCCUAAACCCGACGACAGGGUAUCAGCCGAUGAAAUAGCAGAGGUGAUAAUGAAGCAUGGACAUGCAUUCAAGGCGAUGCUGGCAAGACAUGCACCCCGAUCUUCAUCAGCGUCGUCGAGGCUUGUGUUUCAGUUGGUUCGACAGAGCGAUCGGCAGGCAGAUAUGUCCGAUCUUUGGAGGAAAUUGGAGGAGCAGGUUGACCUGAAUUCAGGGCAGAACGAUAUCAGCGAUAGCCCUGACUUGUAUCUCUGCCAGUACCAUCUGGUGGAGGAGACUGACAAGGGAUGCAGAAAUUAG